CUAUUGAUCGAUCAAUCAUUCCAUCCAUCUAUCCCUCCAUCCAUCCAUCCAUCCAUCUUCUUGAUCAAUCAGUCAUUCCAUCCAUCCAUUCAUCCAUCCUGUUGAUCGGUCAGUCAUUUCAUACAUCCUUCCUACUGAUUGAUGAGUCAUUUUAUCCAUCCAUCCAUCCAUCCUGUUGAUGAUUUAGUUGCUUGAUGUCCUGUUGCUCAAUCAUUCCAUCCAUCCAUCCAUCCAUCCUUUUUUUAAUUCAUCCAUCUAUCCCGUUGAUUGAUCAGUCAUUCCAUUUGUCUGUCUAUCCAUUCAUCCAUCCAUGCUACUGAUUGAUCAAUCAUUCCGUCUAUCCAUCCAUCCAUCCAUGUUCUAAUGAUCAGUGUUGUAGCUACCGAUUCUGUUGUCGUUUAUUAUAAUCUGAGACUGUUGAUGUGGUGAGGAGGAGGAUCACUGUAUCAGGGUUAGUAGGAUAUGAGAGAAGGAUAGAGAAGAGAGAAAUGAAACAGGAACAGUGUGAUUGAAACAGGAACAGCAGUAUUUCCUACAGCUCUUCAUUUUGCCUGGUUAGACAUGUGGUUUAUAUAAAGCUUGUUCCAGACUGCUAAAUGAACUGGAGCUGCUAAAUGAACUGGAACUACUGCAGUGUUCAGAGUGUAAAGCGACUGUAAGGAUUUACAACCAUGCUGUGCUGUGAAGUCUACGCAGAGGUGAGACCGGAGCUCUUCUCUGCGGAGACGAAAAGCCAAAACUCCGACCGAACCAUGGACCUAGGGCUGGCUGAGGACCAUUUCUCACGACCUGUGGGUUCUUUCGUGGCAUCAGACAUCGAGCAGCUGAAGCAGGCUAUAGAGGAGUGUAAGAAGCUGAUCUUAGAGCUGCCGGAACAUUCGGAGAGACAGAAGGACACUGUGGCCAAACUCAUCCACCUGCGCCUUAAACUCCAGGAACUGAAGGACCCGGAAGAGGACGAGCCCAACCUGCGGAUCCUGCUGGAGCACCGCUUCUCUAAGGAGAAGAGCAAGAGCGUCAAACAGACGUGUGACAAGUGCAGCACCAUCAUCUGGGGUCUUAUUCAGACCUGGUACACGUGCACAGGUUGUUACUACCGUUGCCAUAGUAAGUGCAUGAAUCUCAUCACAAAGCCAUGUGUGAGGUCUAAAGUGAGCCACCAGUCGGAGUACGAACUAAACAUCUGCCCAGAGAUCGGCCUGGACAAACAGGAUUACAGAUGUGCCGAGUGCCGAGCCCAGAUCUCUCUCAGAGGCGUCCCGAGCGAGGCGAGGCAGUGUGACUACACGGGACAGUAUUACUGCAGCAGCUGCCACUGGAACGACACCGCCAUCAUCCCUGCACGUGUCAUUCACAACUGGGAAUUUGAGCCCAAAAAGGUAUGUCGCUCAUCCAUGCGUUAUCUGGCUCUUAUGAUCUCCCGACCUGUGCUGAAGCUGAAGGAGAUAAACCCACUACUCUUUAACUUUGUAGAGGAACUGGUAGAAAUCAGGAAGCUGCGUCAGGAUAUAUUAUUGAUGAAGCCCUACUUCAUCACCUGUAAAGAGGCCAUGGAAGCCAGACUGCUGCUACAGCUUCAAGAUCGGCAGCACUUUGUGGAGAACGAUGACAUGUACAGUCUACAGGACCUGAUCGACAUCUCCAGCGGUCGACUCAGCUGCUCGCUCACUGAGAUUCACACCACCUUUGCCAAGCACAUUAAACUCGACUGUGAGCGAUGCCAAGCCAAAGGUUUCGUGUGUGAGCUGUGUAAGGAGGGGGAUAUUCUCUUCCCGUUCGACAGCCACACCUCUGUAUGCCACGACUGCUCUGCUGUUUUCCACAGGGACUGUUAUUAUGACAACUCUACGACGUGUCCGCGAUGUGCCCGGAUGACCGAGCGGAAGCAGGAGGAGCUGGCGGAGCUUUAGAGACGCAGGACGUUGGCGGGUGCUACCAGACUUUCACUGUGACAGCACUACAAUCAGUGCUAAAACUGGCAUUGUGAGCAUGCUUGUGUUCCAGGACUGGCACAUUCCUAGUGUUCCUGUAUACCUCUCUAUAUCUGCUGUCUUUCUUAUUCUUGUGUGCUUUUUGUGCAUCUUUGUAACACUACAGCAUCUGUCAAGGCAGGAGAGACACUGAUUGAGAUGUAUGGCAGGGGUUAAGUUGUACCAUCGGCAGUACAGCGUUCGCAAUGAGCUCUAUGAACAGGCAGGACUGAAAAUGGAACACUACGAGUGUUGCGAGGAUUUUAACAGGUUUAACACUGGUUUCCUAUAAAACUGUCUCCCAUAACCUAGCCGUAUUAAUGAGAUUGUUUUAAGGUGCUUUCACACUUUUUUUUUUGUUCAAAGGUUGGUGUAACUCUGGCGAAGAGGAGGUUAUUUGUAUUUUUGGAGACUUCUGGAGAAUUUAAGCUGACUUUUUCCAACUUCACAGUUAAAGUCAUGUGCUGGUGAACAUCCUGAAAAAUAGACACCCUCUUAUUUUUAGUUACAUUGCAACAUUGGAAUAUUGGCAAUGAAAUAUUUUCAUGUCAGCAGGCCAAUCUCUCAAUCUCUGUAAAUCACUUUCCCCUCAACUUGCAGUCUGAUUAAUCAUCUGAUUAAAAAAUCUCUUACCAGUGUCACUUUGCUUUUCUGAAAUGUUGUAUGUUCUGCCUUCCUUGGCAUGAUUUUUUUUUUUUUUUUAGUUACAGUGCAACUUUGGACUAUUGCUGAUGAAAUAUUUUCAUAAAGCUCCAUAUAUUCGCUCACUAACAAGACUAAUUGUUGAGCGAAUAUGUUCUCCCAUGUUAGUUUUUCUUUCUUGCCCCACAACUUGCAACCUGAUUGGUCAGGAGGUAACGAAGCCCUUCACGUUACUCUACACUUUUCCAAAAAGCUGCAUAGUGACAUCAGAGCUUUUUAAAAGUGAUCACGCUCCCUCUCUCUUUGUGUUCACUUCCCUGAAAUAUGUAAAACUUGUGAGUUAAAAAAAAAAAGUGUGAAAGCACUCUUAUAUUUAAAGGCUGUUUAUUAUACUACAGUAUAAUAUAUUUCUGUAUUUAUCUCUGCAUUGUAGUUACAGGGUCCUGGCAGUGUGUGAUGUGCAGGAUCAACAGAUUUCUCUUUGCCAAACAUUUAUCAAAAUCAGUGUCAAAAAUAUUGACAUAUCCAAGCACCCCAUUUUAAGAUUAAAUUGAUUAUUAGUAUGCCAAUUAACCUGAAUGACGAGUGAAAAAGAAGUAAGGCUCUGUACACAACGUCGUGUACGUCUCUGUGGAUCUUAAUCAGUAUGUUCUCAUUUUGAGGCAGGCGAUACCUCAGAAUGUAAUGGUUUAUGCACUCUUUAUUAUUUGUUCUAAAAUAAUAUGGAAUAUGCUGUGUUACCUUUCAGCAUGCCACUUGUUUUUUUUGCGCUGUGAUAUAACAGACGUUGUGAUGUCAAGUAUUGUGAAGUUAUUCUCAUCUGUGCAAUGUAACGUGAUGCUUAUGAAGAACACGAGUAAAAUUAAUUACAAAUGUA